AUGGUUUUAUACACUUCCCCAUUUCCCAACAGCUUUCUGUCAGUUCUGCAUUCUUUUUCCUGGGGCCUGAUUUUCCCAUGUUAUUGGUUAGCAGAUAGGCUUGUGGCCUCUUUUGUUCCAACCACCUAUGAAAAACGUCAAAGAGCAGACGAUCCAUGCUAUUUUCAUGCACUCUGCAUCAUUAUUACCACUCCGAUCUACCUGGCGCUGUUGGUAGCCUCUCUUCCUUUUGCUCUGAUUGGCUUCUUGUUAUGGUCCCCGCUCCAGUCAGCCAGAAGGCCAUACAUCUACUCCAGACUAGAAGACAAGAACCGUGCCAAUGGAGCCACACUGCUCACUGAAUGGAAGGCUGCAGGGAACGGGAAAAGCUUCUGCUUUGGCAGUGCCAAUGUCUGCCUGCUGCCAGAUUCUCUGGCAAGAUUUAAUAAUGUUUUCAAUACACAGGCUAGGGCUAAAGAGAUUGGCCGGAGGAUCCGAAAUGGGGCAAGCAGACCACAGAUCAAAAUAUAUAUAGAUUCUCCUACCAACACAUCCAUCAGUGCGGCAAGUUUUAGCAGCUUGGUCUCCCCCCAGGGUGGAGAUAGCACUAAUCGUACUGUUAAUGCUGGCAUCAAAAGGACAACAUCAAUGGAGUAUAAAGGAGACAAUUCUGGCUCAAACAACAGUGAGGACAGUAGAGAAGAUAAAGGUGGAGCUGGAGAGCCAAAUGAGGGAGAAGAAAACACUUGCAUUGUCCGCAUAAAUGGAGAGGAUAAUGGCCACAUGUCAGACACAGAAACAGACACCCUCAAUGGCCAGGCUCAUGCCAGUGGCCCAGCAGAGCCCUCACUGGAAGGUGACGCGGAGGUCUCAAAAACACCUAACCACAAACAGAAGGAAGGAGAUUCUGGGAGUUUAGACAGCUACUCUGCAUCACGGGAGUCCUUAGUUAAAGUUCGCGUUGGAGAUGGUACAGUGGACCAAAGCACUGUCAACAACAAGCUCCUCUACAAAGCUUCAAUCAUGAAGAAGACUUCAGUGCGGAAAAAGAAAAAUACAGAUGAGACCUUUGAUCAUGAGAUCUCUGCUUUCUUCCCUGCCAACUUGGACUUUCUGUGUUUGCAGGAAGUGUUUGACAAAAGAGCUGCGGAGAAAUUGAAAGAGCAGCUUCAUCACUAUUUUGAAUACAUUGUCUAUGAUGUUGGGAUCUACAGUUGCCAUAGCUGCUGUAGCUUUAAGUUUGUGAACAGUGGUCUGCUUUUUGCCAGCCGCUAUCCUGUUAUGGAUGCUGCCUAUCACUGUUACCCCAAUGGAAGAGGAACGGACUCCUUGGCUUCCAAGGGAGCCUUGUUUCUCAAGGUGCAAGUGGGAAGUACACCUCAGGACCAAAGAAUUGUGGGAUACAUUUCCUGCACUCACUUGCAAGCUAUUGCAGGAGAUACUACUGUUCGAUGUGAGCAACUGGAUAUGCUUCAAGAUUGGCUGUCUGAAUUCAGAAAAUCUACCUCCUCCUCCAGUACAGCCAAUCCAGAGGAGCUGGUGGCUUUUGAUGUCAUCUGUGGAGAUCUCAACUUUGAUAACUGCUCCUCUGAGGACAAGCUGGAGCAACAGCAUUCUCUGUUUACACACUACAAAGACCCAUGUCGAAUUGGUCCUGGGGAGGAUAAACCAUGGGCAAUCGGUACCUUGUUGGAUCCUGAAGGAUUAUAUGAUGAAGAAGUGUGCACUCCAGAUAACCUACAGAAGGUGCUGGAAAGCGAAGAAGGAAGGAAAGGAUACUUAGUCUAUCCCACCAGCAAGAACCACAGUUCCAGCCAAAAGGGGAGGAAGGCAUCACUGAAAGGAAAUGGGAGGAGGAUUGACUAUAUGCUCUACACAGAAGAAGGUCUCUACCUGGAAUGGAAAGUGGAAGUGGAAGAGUUCAGCUUUAUUACCCAGUUAGCAGGCUUGACAGACCACCUACCAGUAGCAAUGCGUCUCAUGGUGUCUACAGGAGAAGAUGACCCUUAAAACUGACCAGCUUUGAGAGAUUAGAAGAGGGAAACGUUAACGAUACUAAGAAAAUAUCAGAGGAUAAGAAUGAACUAUUCUGGUGCCACGUUAGGAAAGAUGAGCAGACCUGACCCGGGCUACUCCCAGAAUGUACCAACAAUGGCGGAUAUAAAAAGGGAAGAAAUGGAAGGGGUUGUGGCCAAAAGCCACUGUCACAAGUUGCUCAGGCAACAGGGCAGGCCUGUACUACAAUGCUUUCACUGUGGACCGAACGGAACCAAGAUGGAAGUCCUAAUUCCUUCUGAACCAGUGCCAUUCUUACUAAAACAUGUUUUUAUACUAAUAUAUAGCACAAUUUAGUUUGUAAUUAGUCUGUGAGUUAGUGCUGCUCAAUGGUUUUUUGCAUCAUUUCUUUGUAUAACUAAGAAGCUAAAGCUUUUUUUCUUUUUUUAGCCUGUUAAAGUUGUAGUAGCGUGCUUGCAUCAGUAGCAUGCGCCCGCACUGCAUGCCACUCUGAGAUAAAAUAGUCAGUAAGAUACCAUGGGGAAUAUCAGAAUGGAAGUGAGUUCAAAAAUCAGAUACCAGCCAAAGCAAGGCGUUCUGGGACUGGCAAACCCUUCUGUCAGUACAGACAGACCUUACAACAAACAAAAACUCCAUUCAAUUUGCAGACCAAUAACUUCCUGUCUGAUUUAAGGAUGCUUAAAAGAUUUGGAAUUAAGAC